AUGUCGUACCCCUGCCUUCGCCGCGCGGCCGUGCCGGUAAAGCGGGUCUGGCUCGGCCUCCGCGGGCGCCUCGGCCUCCGUCGAUCCACCGGUCUUGGCGAGCUGCGCAGGGAGGUCCGCACGUGCGAGUACGACGACGUGCACGUCAUGUGGGAGCUGCUCAGCGGCAUGGACGGCAGCGCGCCGCGGAAGUACGUGCACGUAGCCGCCACCGCCGCCAUGGUUGACGCCGCCGCCCGGAAGAAGCUGAGGGGGAGGAGGCGGACGAGGAGGGCCGAUGCCGAAUCCGCCGCGUGGAGCCGCCUCUUCUCUUCCUGCUGCGCCUUCUGA